AUGCCUAAUACCGGCAAACCAAGCCCCAACUGCCAUCUUUGUCGCCAGAGGAGGGUCAAGCGUUUGGACAAGUGCGAUCUGGCUCGGCCACAGUGUCAGCGAUGCAUCAAGUACGGGGUCUUGUGUCCUGGCUAUCGCGACGACCAGGACCUGCUGUUCCAACACACCGAUGCCGCCGCUUAUGAACGGCGCCGGCGGAAGUGCCAGCAGCAGAACCUCCCGCUGUCCGCAACGGACACUCUGGAGGUGAUUACUUUCACCUCGGUCUCGUCGCCGUCGUCCGCAUCGUCUUGGGAGUCCGACAACUCAGCUUUCCGUUCUGUUGGUACACCCCCCCUGCCUCUCUUGAGACCGGUUCGUCAACACUGGACAGCCGAGUCCGUACCGCUUGUCAUCGGCCUCUACUCGGGUUUGGAUUUCCUUCCGGGAUUGUUCAGAGGCGUUGGGCAGGACCACUGCCUCCGUCUCGCCGCCCAUGUCUUCACGAGAGCCUAUGUCAUCAACCGCUUCAGGCCACAGACGGAUUACCGUGAGCUGUCCAUGUUUCUCGGCAACGCUCUGGCAUCGGUCCAGAACGCCAUAAUGAGCCCCAGCACGUGCACCUCUGACUCCACAAUCAUCGCCGUGUGGCUGCUAGGGAACUACGAGGCAAGUCUCGCGAAACGACUGUGA